AUGGAUAUAGCGGUAAUGGGCGCCGGCGGCGUGGGCGGAUACUUCGGCGGAUUGUUGGCGCGGGCGGGCCACAACGUGACCUUCAUCGCCCGAGGGCCGCACCUGGAGGCGAUACAGCGCGGUGGGCUGCGCGUGGAGAGCGGAAACGACGGGGUGUUCACGGUUCCCGGGAACGCCACCGACAAUCCCGCAACGUUGGGCCCGCAAGAGCUGAUCCUGUUUGCGGUGAAGAUGUACGACAACGAUGACGCGAUACAUGCCAUCGGCCCGCUGCUAGGGCCGGAUAGCAUCGUGCUGACGCUGCAGAACGGCAUCGACAACGGGGAUCGGUUGGUCGAAGAAUACGGCGCCGAGCGGGUGAUGAUUGGUUCGGCUUAUCUGGAAGGGCGGAUCAGCGAACCGGGAGUGGUGACCCAGGGAGGGCCCGGAUCGGCGUCCUUCGGGAGCGGACCACGGGGAUAA